AUGGCAGACGAAAACCAGAAAAUGGCCCUCAGUCCGGAGCACCCCUUAAGUGGGGAGAGGGUGCUAAGAAUCCCCCCGUCGCCUACCAUUGAGAAUCAAGGAAGCAAAGUAAAAUUACAAGUUUAUGACAAGACAGUACGUAUUGCCACAUGGAACGUACGCAGCUUAUUCCAGUCUGGGAAACUGGCAAACACUGAGGCCGAGAUGUGCAGGAUGAAAAUAGAUAUUUUGGGGCUGAGCGAGGUAAGAUGGCCUGGCUCAGGGAAGCAGAAGACAAAGGGAGGAUACAUCUACUACUCUGGAGGAACUGAUCCAAAACAUCAAUAUGGAACAGCAAUAAUGGUCUCAAAUAGAAUAGCACAAUCAGUUAUAGACUUCAUCCCUCUGAAUGAUAGAACAGCGUUCUGGAAGCUGAGAACAACUCACAGAGAUAUGAAUAUAGUUCAAGUUUAUGCCCCGACAAAUGACAAGUCUGACCAAGAAACUGAAGAGUUUUAUAGCGCAAUAGAUGAGAUAUUACGGUUGACGAAGAGAGGAGAGAUAACGAUGGUAAUUGGAGACUUCAACGCCAAAAUUGGUUGCGGUGCUGAGGGUGACAAUGUGGGUUCAUAUGGGCUUGGUACAAGAAACGAUAGAGGAAAUAGACUUGCACAGUUUUGUGUAGAGAACGACCUUUUAAUAGCCAACACUUUCUUCAAACAACAUCCUAGGAGACUGUAUACUUGGAAGUCACCUGCAGAAAAAGACGGCAGAAUUAUAAGAAAUCAAAUUGAUUUCAUCCUGGUGGGAUUGAACUUUAAAAAGAACAUAAAAUCAGUAAAAACAUACCCAGGAGCAGACAUUCAUAGCGACCAUAACCCGGUUGUUAUGGACUUUAAAAUGAAGAGAUUUCUGAGGGUUGAGAGACGGGUGACAAGUAGAAUUGAUACUAAGCAGCGGAAAAACCCUGAGAAAAGACAGGAAAUAAGUCUCGUAAUCGAGAAAGAGUUGGGUAAUACGACGAACCCAAUAAGCGUGGAUAAUGUUGAAAAAACAUGGAACACCAUCAAAGAGAAAAUUGUUAAGAUACAAGAAGUAAAUAUAGGAUUCACGAAAAACAACAAAAAGCAGGAAUGGAUUACGGAAGAAAUCAUAGAUCUGAUGGUUGAAAGACGGAUCAACAAAACCAAUCCAACUGAAUACAAAAAAUACAAUAAAAUCAUCAGAAGGAAGUGCAGAGAGGCCAAGGAAAAAUGGAUGUCAGCAAAAUGCCAGGAAAUUGAACAACUCCAGGAAAGAUAUGACCACUUCAACGUCCACAAGAAAAUAAAAGAGAUGACGGGCAAGCGGCGAAAAAGACAGGAAACAAACUUAAGAGGUGAUAACGAACUGAUAGUAGGGACAGAGGAGAAACUUGUUAGAUGGAAAGAAUACAUCCAAAAACUCUUCGACGAUGAUAGACCAAAUGCUUCACCAUCCAUAAAUAAGGAAAUAAAUGAAAAAGGUCCCAUAAUAUCUAAACAGGAGGUCAUACACGCAAUAAAAGCUCAAAAAGAGGGAAAAGCAACCGGCCUUGAUAAAAUCAAUGCUGAGGUACUCAAACUGAUCGCAGAGAAUGAGGGCAAAACCCUAGAUCUGUUAACAGCAUUGUUCAACGAAAUAUAUAAUUCAGGAAAAAUACCAUCAGAUUGGCUGAGAUCAACAUUUGUACCACUACCGAAAAAACCAAACUCCACACAUUGCGAUGAUUACAGAAUAAUAAGUCUGAUGUCUCACGUUCUUAAAACCUUUCUCAGAGUCAUCCAUGCACGAAUAUAUAAAAAGUGUGAGUACCAAAUGGAUAACACCCAAUUUGGAUUUCGAAAUGGAAUGGGAACGCGAGAGGCUCUUUUCUCUUUAAAUGUACUGGCGCAACGUUGCAGAGAUAUGAAUGUCGAUGUGUAUGCAUGUUUUAUAGACUAUCGAAAGGCAUUCGACUGCGUUAGUCAUGAGAAAAUGAUGCAAAUCCUAAGAGAAACGGGGAUCGACGAACAGGACCUACACGUGGUUUCUGAACUCUAUUGGCAUCAGACAGCAACAGUCGAAAUAGACCAAAUGACAUCGGAGGAUAUACAAAUCAGACGAGGAGUCCGUCAAGGCUGCGUCUUGUCACUCGGAGUCUAUAUUCAGAGAAGCACUGGAAGAAGCUGA